CGGAGUGUGGCGGUAGGUUCAAAGGUGAGUCUACAGGCCGCAUCCUGUCUCCUGGAUAUCCCUUUCCUUACGACAACAACCUGCGCUGUACCUGGACCAUCACUGUCAACUCUGGCAACAUCGUCAGCCUCCAGUUCCUGGCGUUCGACACAGAGGCAUCUCACGACAUCCUGGAGGUUUGGGACGGACCAGCAGAAAAUGAGAUGUCUCUGAGGGAGGUGUCUGGCUCCCUGCUCCCCGAGGGGAUACACAGCACCCUCAACGUCGUCACCAUUCAGUUCCAGACUGACUUCUACAUCACCAAGUCUGGCUUCGCCAUCGACUUCUCAAGUUCAGUGGCGACAGCCUGCAGAGAUCCAGGCCUGCCUAUGAACGGCAGUCGUCACGGAGAUGGGAGAGAACCAGAUGACACGGUGACCUUCUCCUGUGAUCCAGGAUAUGAGCUGCAGGGAGAGAGCAAGAUCACCUGCAUCCAAGUGGACAACAGAUACUACUGGCAGCCCAGCCCUCCCAGCUGCAUUGCUCCCUGUGGGGGUAAUGUAACAGGAUCAUCAGGAUUCAUCCUCUCCCCCAACUUCCCCCUCCCCUACCCGCACAGCAAAGACUGCGAUUGGCUGAUCGCUGUCCACUCAGACUACGUCAUAUCACUGGCUUUUAUCAGUUUCAGUAUCGAGCCCAACUACGACUUCCUGUAUAUCUACGACGGACCGGACAGCAACAGUCACCUGAUUGGUAGUUUCCAGGACAGCAAGCUCCCAGAGAAGAUAGAGAGCGUCUCUAACUUUAUGCACCUAGCCUUCCGUAGCGACGGCUCAGUGAGCUACCAAGGCUUCCAUCUGGAGUAUAAAGCUAAACUGCGGGAGGCUUGCUUUGAUCCGGGGAACGUUAUGAACGGGACACGCCUCGGGAACGACUACAAGCUGGUCUCCACGGUGACGUUCAGCUGUGAGGCAGGAUAUCUAUUACAAGGACACUCCACACUGACCUGUGUGAUGGGAAACAGCAAGAGGCCUGAGUGGGACCGAGCCAGGCCCAGCUGUCAAGCGCCGUGCGGAGGCCGCUCGACAGGGUCAGAGGGGACCGUCCUGUCCCCAAAUUACCCCCGUAAUUAUACCCAGAGUCUGACCUGCGUCUACCACAUCUUUGUCCCCGGGGACUUUG